UGUGUCAUUAGGGCCAAUUAGGGGAGGAUGGGAGCAAAGUGUGUGCCCCAGGGCACUGGCUGGUGGGAGGGCCGCCAGGACAAUUGAAUUCCCCACCAGACAAAUGUGAUUAGGAUAAGCCUGGCCCAACCCCACUGGACAGGCAUAAAUGCCCCGGUGGGGCCGGUGUAUUCACCCCAGCCAUGCCGGCUCACCUCACCCACCAGCACUGCUGGAGCAGCCUCCCCAGCCCCAGUGUUCGUGAAGCGGCUUCAAUGUAUAGCACUGCUGUGGCCAUCUUCCUGGUCAUCCUGGUGGCUGCCCUGCAGAGCUCAGAGCCUCCAGAGAGCUCCUUUCCCUACCACAUCCCCCUGGACCCCGAGGGGAUCCUGGAGCUCUCGUGGAACAUAAGCUAUGUCCAGGACAUCAUCCACUUCCAGCUCCAGGUGCAAGGGCCGAGGGCUGGGGUUCUAUUUGGAAUGUCAGAUCGAGGUGAGAUGGAGAACGCUGAUUUGAUCGUGCUCUGGACUGAUGGGAACAGAUCCUACUUCGCGGAUGCCUGGAGUGACCAGAAGGGGCAGAUCCAUCUGGAUGCCCAGCAGGAUUACCAGCUGCUCCAGGUGCAGAGGACUUCAGAAGGCCUCUCCCUGCUCUUCAAGAGGCCCUUUGUCACCUGUGACCCCAAGGAUUACCUCAUUGAGGAUGACACUGUCCACCUAGUGUAUGGGAUCCUGGAGAAGCCAUUCCAGUCGCUGGAGGCCAUCAACACCUCAAGCCUGAAUACAGGUCUGCAGCGCGUGCAGCUUCUGAAGUCCGAGGUCCCCACUCCAGCCAUGCCUGCGGAUGUACAAACCAUAGAGAUCCGAGCCCCUGACAUCCUUAUCCCCGACAAUGAGACCACAUACUGGUGCUAUGUCUUUGUGCUGCCCCCAGACUUCUCUGAACACCGCCGCCACAUCAUCAAGUAUGAGGCCAUUGUCACUGACGGCAAUGAGGCCCUGGUGCACCACAUGGAGGUCUUCCAGUGUUCAGCUGAGUUUGAGAGCAUCCCCCAGUACGACGGAUUCUGUGGCUCUAAAAUGGAGCCUGACCGGCUCAACUACUGUCGCCACGUGCUGGCCGCAUGGGCCCUGGGUGCCAAGGCAUUUUACUACCCAGAGGAAGCUGGUGUCGCCUUUGGGGGCCAGGGGUCUUCCCGGUAUCUCCGACUGGAAGUUCACUACCACAAUCCAUGGAACAUACGAGGCCGGCGCGACUCCUCCGGCAUCCGCCUAUACUACACGGACAGCCUCCGGAAAUUCAAUGCAGGCAUCAUGGAGCUGGGCCUGGUGUACACGCCGGUGAUGGCCAUCCCCCCUCAGGAGACUGCAUUUGUCUUGACAGGCUACUGCACAGACAAGUGUACCAUGAUGGCACUGCCGCCCUCCGGAAUCCACAUCUUCGCCUCACAGCUCCACACACACCUGACUGGCAGGAAGGUGGUCACUGUGCUCGCCCGGAAUGGCCAAGAGAUGAAGGUUGUGAACAGAGACAACCACUACAGCCCCUACUUCCAGGAUAUCAGAAUGCUAAAGAAGAUUGUGUCUGUCUUCCCGGGGGACGUACUCAUCACCUCUUGCACAUACAACACGGAAGACAGGAAGCUGGCCACAGUGGGGGGGUUUGGAAUCCUGGAGGAGAUGUGUGUCAACUACGUGCACUACUACCCCCAGACAGAGCUGGAGCUCUGUAAGAGUGCGGUGAAUGACGGCUACCUACAGAAAUACUUCCGCCAGGUGAACAGUUUCAACAAUGAGGAGGUCUGUACCUGUCCCCAGGCCUCUGUCCCCGAGCAGUUCACCUCCGUGCCCUGGAACUCUUACAACCGCGAUAUGCUCAAGGCUCUGUAUCGCUUUGCCCCCAUCUCCAUACAUUGCAACAAGACCUCAGGGGUCAGCUUCCAGGGUGAGUGGAAUCCGCAGCCUCUGCCUGAGAUAACAUCCACGCUGAAAGAACCUGCCCCGAACUGCCCCGCCCAACAGGCUCCGAGCCACACCAACCCCACCGUGGUCAGCGUCAGCUGGGGCAGAGGCUGAGUCGGGGCCUGUUCUUCAGCCCCUCCUCAUGAUGUUCCCGUGGGCUCACACCAGCUCUGUGAACCCCCUUUUGAAGACUCCCCUUCCUAGAAUAGUGCUGUUCACCUAGAAGGAAGGGGCCUGUCACCCUGGAACCACCUGCAUGACUGACACCAUCCCACGAGGCCCAACUGGACAGAACAGACCUGGACACGCUGUUGCCUCCAUGUGGGGACAACUUGCCACGGCGGUCCAGAUUCGGCACUGCAGGACCCACCUUGCUUCCAGAACAGCCUUGCCAGGCUGGGUGCAGACUCCCCAAGCCUCACAGUCCCCACCCUGUGGUCACCCAUCCAAUGGUGACUUGUGUUGGUGUUUGCCAUGA